GAACAGUAGCAAUGAAUACAAACACUCAUUUUCUAGCUUGGAUAUAUUUAUUAUGGAGACUGAGGCCUUUCCGAUCCUGUCAAUUGCCAACAAUUGCAAUCAGAUCAACGAGACGCAGUUUUAAUGGUGUUUUAGGAAACUUAACUUGCCCUUUCCGAUUUCAUUGUCCGUUCAUAAGCCGAAAAUCCGUGGUAUCCCGGACAGGUAAAUGGAAAAUCGAUUCAGUCGGGGCAGCACAACUGGGACAUUGUUUGAAAGCAAGUAUCUGUUAAUAAUAGAACGAUUACCCGACGAGGUCAACACUUGGCACACAAGCCCACGGAGGCUGCCCGCUUGAAUAUUUAAAUGGAAGACCGCCGCAGUACUGUCUGCACAAAGACUUUUCCUGGCCAGAGUCCAGUAGCCAUCCCAUGAAUGGUCUGCAUUACAAGGGGAUUAUGGGAUUUGAGGUUAAGUGCUUUUUCAGUGCUGGCACUGAGUGUGGAUUGAAUUUUCGACGUAUUCUCCGAAAUGUUUGACUUGGCGGGCGACAAAAUCUCGCGCGGGAGGCGGAGCUAUCCGAGGACGCCAUUGCCCGGCCCAGCAGCUGUUCUUACGCUCGCACAUGUCCUGCGGAUCGUUCCCAAAGGCGAGCGAGAGUUCCCACUUAUGUGCCGUGGCAGUCCCAAGAAAGGUAGAGGGAGGAGCGGCCUGGAGCGCGCGCCAAGGACAAAUCGGGCUGCUUUCCUGGACUCUGCCCCCACUGACACCCAUAACAAGACAUACCCUGGCCUUGGAAAGCCCAGGCAACUGAUGCUUUUUCUGGCCGAAAUCCGCUGGACAUUCUUAGAAAAAAAUGGGGCUUGCCAGAAAGGGCGCAUGCAAUUGGGAAUGGAAAAAACGAGAUAUAGCCAUUGGCAAAAGGUGGAAGAAGACGGAGGGUUGGAACACAUUAUUUUGCUUAGCCAUUUGCUCAUUGUCUCGCGAAAUUAAUCGUGUAUUAUUGAUCUUUUAUGUGUAACUUUUUCUCCUUUUGUAAGUACUUGUUGUCAAAUUAUAUGUAAAUCUUAAGGAGAAC